AUGGAGUUCCGUCCACUCUCUGUGAUGCUCUUGCUGAUUUCACUUAUACCAUUGACACCUGCUCAAGGACGUGCUAAAGCUGUGGUGACUAUAGAGCCUGAUAAACACGUGUACAGAGGAGAGAAUGUUACUCUCACAUGUGACAUACAGGGAGGAGGAGACACUAAGUGGACCUACAGCUGGUAUAAGAAUAACAAGACUUUCCUCAGUGGGAGAAAAAACAAAGUCUUUACCAACAGCACAAUAAAGUGGCCCACAAUUAGGUUUAUUAAUGACUCUGACAGUGGUAACUACACCUGCAGAGGACAGAGACAUGACUCUCAGAGCUCAGUGAUCAGUGAUGCUGUUACACUGACUGUAUCAGUGAGACCUGCAGUACUGAGUGUAUCUCCACAGAGCUGGCUGACUGAAGGAGACUCAGUGACUCUCAGCUGUGAGCCCGCUGGUGGACCGAGAGGAGGGGAGGACCAGGAGGUGGUUGGUGAUCAGAGUACCCCUCCACUCAUCAUUGACGGCGAGGAGGCCUACCGGGUCCACGAAAUCCUGGAUUCACGUCGCCAGGCCCGAGAUCUAGAGUAUCUGGUGGACUGGAAGGGGUAUGGACCGGAGGAACGCUCAUGGGUGAAUGCAGAGGACAUCCUUGACCCCAGUCUGGUAAAUGACUUCCAUCACUCCCAUCCGAACCGGCCUGCCCUGAGACCUCGUGGGAGGCCUCGGCGUCGUUUGCCUCCUCGCGUCAGGAGCCGCUCGCAGGGGGGGGCUCUGUCACGAAUCCACUCUCUGCGACUCCCUCCGAUCACCACCAGAGGGAGCCAUCGCUGGAAGAUCAGUGAUGCUGUUACACUGACUGUAUCAGAGAAACCAAAGGCAGUACUGAGUGUAUCUCCACAGAGCUGGCUGACUGAAGGAGACUCAGUGACUCUAAACUGUGAGGUUACAAACUCCUCUACAAACUGGACAUUCAGCUGGCACAUGCUUCUUCCCAAUGAUACCAAUAAAAAGGAUAAAGAACUAUUUUCCAACAGCAGCAGAGGAUCUCGAGGCUCCUACACUCUCAGUCCUGUUGUUCUUAAUAACGCAGGAGUUUAUAGGUGCAUAGGAAAGAGAAAAGAACAAUCCUCUCAAACUAAAUACAGCAAUCAACGGGCAUUAUUGAUCACUGGUGAAUCUCCUCCAGUCUCUCUGAUCAUCAAUCCCAGCAGAACUCAACACUUUACUAAACACACUCUCUCACUGAGCUGUGAGGACCAGAGUAAAUCUACUGGAUGGACAGUGAGACGAUACAAACAGAAUAACACAGGAUCAAAUUGUUCACAGUGGGGAUCAGUUACAGGAUCUACAUGUAUAAUCAGCUCCCUCAACAGAUCCCACACUGGAGUUUACUGGUGUGAGUCUGAAUCUGGAGACAACAGUAAUCCUGUCAACAUCACAGUGCAUAAUGGUAGUGUGAUUCUGGAGAGUCCUGUCCAUCCUGUGACUGAGGGACAUCCUCUGACUCUACGCUGUUUAGGUCGCAACACAAAUUUCUCGAACCUCCGAGCUGAUUUCUAUAAAGAUGGAUCAGUUCUCCAGACACAGACUACAGGAGAGAUGAUCAUCCAUAAGGUCUCAAAGUCAAAUGAAGGUUUCUACCACUGUAAACACUCAGAGAGAGGAGAGUCACUGAAAAGCUGGGUCUCAGUCAGAAAUCCAUCACAUGUAGAAGCUCCAUUCUCAGUGCUCAUGCUGAUCAGUAGUGUAGUCACGGCCUCUCUAUAUCUGCUGGUGACCAUCCUUCUGCUGAUCAAAUGUUACAGAGCUCGAGCUCAAACUGAUGGAGAGAGAACCGUGAGUGCAGUCAUAGAGGAGUGA